AUGAAUCUCUGGCAUCUACUUCUUCUUGUUAUUUUAUUCAUUGGAACUGCAUUCACUGCUGAUUUGGAAGGUUCUGGAUCUGGAGAUAAUGUUGUCGAAGAGGGUGUCUUGAAAGCUCAAAACUUGUUGAAUGCAGUCCAAUCUGACGGAAGUGGCGCCGAAGUUGAAGCAUCUGGAGAAGACGUCCAAACAUUCUUCUUCUAA